AACGUUAUGCCAUGGAUUCUGUAGAUGAGAACGUGUCUGCUCGAAUUCUCCUGCAAAAUGUAAUUCAAACGGAGUCCUCCAGGUCCCCAAUUACCCGCAGAGCACUUCCAGAUCUUCCCUGCCAGAGCCACCCAGUAAGAGGCGGGCUGUAUCAGAGGGAGUCAGGAAGAUUAACACACUUGCACCAGCCACAGCCUCGCUUCUCUAUGACGUUGACAUCACACCUAGAUACCUACUCAGGGGGAUCCUGCAGACAGAGCUGGAAACAUCCCUUCUGGUUCAGGACCGGCCAGUCAGGAAGGAGCCAGAGCUGCCCUCCACAAACUCCAGUCUUCACAGCAACCGCCCAAGGGCUGUCUGAGUUGGAUCUCCCUGACAUGACCACCACAGUAAACCUGUCAAAUACGGUGAAGGGACUAAGCAGGAAGCGACCACGUCGGAGUCUCAACAUAACAGCAUUCAACAGGCAGCUUGAACAUGAAGAUGGAGAGGGUGAAGGUGGCAGUGCAACAGAAAAAGACCUCUCAUCCCUGUCUUCUGCCUCUCCAAGCUCUAUCACCUUCUCUCUGAAAACACCCUUUGUGGACGUUCGGACUGAGAAAGGGGGAUUUCAAAGGAAGGUAGCAAAUCGUAAAAAAAUUUGCCUUGAGGAGUUUGACGAGGCCCUACGGAAUCGACAGGCGGCGAUGGGUGGAGACCCUGAGCUGAGUGUUAGGGAGGUUCAGCAGGGUCUCAGUGAGACCGUUCGUUCUGAGGGGUUCACCUUGGGACUGAGUGACCUCACCGCUCCUGACAUCACCCAUGACAUCAUCACCAGCAACACAGCGCUCUACGCCCCGCCUGAUGACACAGCAACAACCUUCAUUAUCGCCACCCAGGACAAAGACACCAUCACAGGAACACAGAUCCAGCGAGGAAUGAAGGAUGAGGAGGAGAAAGAUAUGGAGGAGGUAGGGGAACAAAAGGAGGACAAGAUGGAAAUAGACAACAAAGAUGGAGAGGAUUUGGCUGUUGUUGCUGGGCAGAGAGGGGCCUCGGUGAGACAGGAGGAGUCCAAAUCACAGACCGAAGAGGUAGCUGACUCCCAGACAAAAGAAGUAGAAGAGGUAGCUGACUCCCGGACAGGAGAAGAUGAGGAGCUGGCUAAAUCUCAGACAGAAGAAGAGGUAGCCGAGUCUCCGACAGAAGGAGAGGUAGCCGAGUCUCCGACAGAAGGAGAGGUAGCCGAGUCUCCGACAGAAGGAGAGGUAGCCGAGUCUCCGACAGAAGGAGAGGAGGAGGAGAUGACUGAAUCUCAGACAGAAGAUCUAGCAGAUGAAGGGGGACAGGUAGUGGAAGGGCAGGAAAAAGGCUUGACAUCACAGAGUUUAGCACACAAUGUGAUGCACAUCAGUCGGAGAGCUUAUUGCUCAGAGGGUGGUGUCAAGGUUGCAGGAGUGAUUGAAGGAGGGAGGGGCUACAAGAGCAUGGGAGCAGAGCUCCAUCCUACAGAGACUGGGUGGGCUGGCAGAAGGUCAGAGGGGGACACUGCUGGUGAGUGGCACAGCGGGCCGGAGGUGGGAGCUAGUGAGAGCGCCCACACCCGCACAGUAACCCUUGGCAGCGCCCCUCCCUCCCCGUUGCCCCAGGAAGAUGAACAGGAGCUGGAAGGUUUGAGUAGAACAGGCACCAGCCUUGGAAAUGAGGAGAUGGAGAACUCCAUGCCUCCUUUAGAGAUGACCUUUGAACCUGAGAACAACGCCCCUCACAGUAGCGUCUCAUCCCUGCACCCCAUCACUGCCCAGAGCCCAGCUGACCAUGAGGAGGACUGGGAUGAUGUGGAAGAGGGGGAUGGUAUCCAGAGUGAAGAGCUGUCCAUGAAGACACCUGCGUUUGUCAGAAAGAAGAGGAAUGCUCUGCCAAUUGACCCCCUGGCCACACCCACUAUUCUCAAAGACCUUCAACCAAGUGUUUUGUCUGGUGCUGCAGCUGCGGUGAAGCCCAAAGCGGUGAGGGGAAAGCGGGCUGGAUCAGCCAAGAAGGAUACUGGUCUCUCUAAGAGCUACAUCAUGAGCGUGUUCAAACACUUCGCCAAGACCAAGGUGUCUACAGAUGUCUACCCUGUCCUAAAGGAGAUAAUGGAGCUCUACUUUGACCGACUAGCUGAUGACUUGGAGAUGUUUGCUGCUCACGCCAAGAGGAAGACCAUUGAGGUGGAGGACGUAGAGCUGCUGAUGCGGAGACAGGGGUUUGUGACUGACAGCAUGCCAGUGAAUGUGUUGAUUGAGAAAUAUCUCCCAAUGGAAUCCCGGAAGCUCCUCAUUCCUGUGGCAACAAAUGGUAACUACGUCAUUCCCAAACCGAGGAGAAAAUGAUCAGCCUAUACUGAGAAUGAUCAGCCCAAAUCAUAAUGUGGGCUGAUGUUGUAUAUUUGAUUGAAUAUCUAUUAACAGCUGUUCAUUUAUUACUUGUAGACACUAAUUCAAACACAGCCAGGACAAGACCAUGUAACCUGGUGUAAAUGUGUUGUUUUUGUUUGAAUAUGGCUUCGUCUUUUGUUUUGUUUGUUUAUAUUUGUCGAAAAUAUUACUGCAAUAAAAUUGAUUU